ACGCAACCACGUGCUUCCGGUUUCCAGCUGCACGUUGUUGUUCGAAGCUCGCGAGUUGAGUCUCGCUUCGCUUUGUCUCAAAUCUAAAGCAACGUAUAAAUUUAGAAAUGCCGAAAGCCAAACAGUCGAAGAGAAGAAAGAGGUUCGACUACAACACGGACCGGAAAAAACUGAAGAAGAAGUUCAUUAAGAAGGCCAAGCCGAGGAUUGAGCAUGCACAGAUCCGAAACGCCUGGGAUGACAACAAGUCUACGGCCAGGAACCUGCAGGAGAUGGGUCUGUCCUUUGAUCCCAACCAGACGCUGCCCAUAAAGAAACAGAUGAUUUUGUGUUUGUGUUCGUUCCUGCAGCUCCUUGGAGGGGACAAAGAGGACCGAAGGCCCGCCCACGUCAUCACCAAACCUUACAUCCUCGACAAGCUGCAAGAAGAGGCCAGUCUUCAGGAGAAGGACUCCAAGACGUUGUCGUCCGACCUGAUCGAGUACGUCCAGUACAUGAUCCGAGAACAUAAGGACGACUACAAGGCGAUGGCUCGCGAUGAGAAGAACUACUACCAGGACACGCCCAAGCAGAUCAAGAGAAAAAUCAACGAGUACAAGCGCUGCCACCCGCAGCACUACGAAGCUUUCACCAGCUCGCUCACAGCUCCAGAGACCAUGGUUCAGUAGAAGGAUCGGUCUGGGACAGAAUCCCAUCACACAGAACAACAGCCCGGCGUUUGGACAACAAAGACUAACAGCUGCAUGUUGUAAAGCUCUUCCUGUUGAGAUUUUUCUGUUUGUAGUUUCUCUAUUUUGUUGGAGGAAUAAUUUCCUGAUCAUACUUUUUAAAACUCUUUUUUUAAUUUAUCAUAAACAUCUCAAAACCCA